UCUGUACGCAGGACUGUAUAGAUACAUAUAUUGUACCUAACAGGUGAGGUCACUUGAAUACUGGCACCCGCCCCGUGCUUGCCCUCGAUGCCCGCCGCCAAGAAAACUGCCAAGCGCCGCCUCUGAUUCGCUGGCUCCCCGAGUGCACUGUCUCGCUCUGCUCUCCAGCGCUCUCUCGCUCUCCUCUCUCGCUCUCUCGCUCUCUCUUUCCAUUUCCUCUCUCGCUCUCCUCCACCACCACCACCUCCUCCUCCUCUCCACGUCGCCCGCCUCCACCCCUCCGGGCGCUACCAUGCACAAGAUAUCAAACUUCACCGGCCAGGCCCGUCAUGGAUGGGAAAACAUGAAGCCCGCCGCCGGCUUCCCCUUCUCGCGCUCCAACCACGAGAUACCCGUCGCCGCUCCCCACAUGAAGCGUCCGUCAACCGCUUCCGCCCCAUCCGGCCCAUCCGCCGCCAUCCCCCCAGGCACCCACGUCAACCUGUCCUUCAACGUGCCCUUCUCCUCCAACCUCGCCGGCCCGGACGUCGAAGACAUCAUCUGGGCCAGCCCUGGCGCCCAGGCUCGCUGGACCCAUCCCGAAGGCACCCCAGACAACACUCCCAUCCACAAGCUGCCCGUACACGCCCAGAAUGUCGAGAACCUGCGCCUCAUGUGCAGAGACCUCACCGAAGCGAGCGACGGACGCAUCGUCGCCACCGUCGUGUCUGCCGAGUCCAAACCGCUGCCCGGCCUGCAGCGCGGUCCCCUCCGAGCUCUGGUCACCAAUGUCUGCCUCUCUGGCGAGGUCGAGCUCGUCAACCAGACCAGGAGCAGGAUUCUCGCUACAAACCCCAUCGCAAUGCGCUCUUCGUCCGUCGACAUUGAUUCCGAUCUCAUCAUCGACCGCGCUUCGGGCAUGAUCAAGGCCCCCAUAAUAAAGCAGCUCGACCAGAUCGCCGAGUACACCAAAGCUGACAUGUUCCUGCUGACCCCGAAGCAGCUGAAGGACAUGGAGUCGGCGAGCUUCAACGGCACGCUGGACACAGGCCUCGACUCCCGGCUGAGAUGCGCUGUAUAUGGAGACAUGGAGACCAUGGAGCACGCCAAGACGCGUGUCCUCAUCAUGAUCGACCAAAUCCUGAUGCGACACGUGGAUAGCAUGAAGCUCGAGCUAACAAUGCACACCCUCAUCUGCGGGCGCGGCCGCAAGAACAUCAAGCUGAUAGAAUCGGCUACAGGCACCGCCAUCUACUUCCCGCCGCCUUUCCCUCGCCUCUUCAACUAUGUGCCGCCUGGUGCCCGACGGAGGGAGCCCGACCACAUCUUCAUCACGGGAAAGGACGAACAGAGCAUCUUACGGGCAAAGGCCAAGCUCAACGACCUUGUCGUGUCCACCAAGGUGUUCGUCAAGCCCGUCAUGGUGACGGAGAUGAAGCUAGAUGCCAUCAUCCUGGAACGACUUGACAAGGUCCGCAAGAUCAUCGAGAACAACGGUUCCUAUAUCUUGUUCCCCCCUCUAGGGUUGCAGCGCGGCGUGGUCCGGGUGCAAGGCACAGAUGUCCUGCAUGUUGAGCGGACCAUCCGCGAGCUGAUGGCUCUCGCUGGUCAAUUUUACAGCGCUUCUUGGAUGAUUACCCAUCCCGACCCCACCCAGCGACCCCCUACCCCUGCUGAUGUUCGUGCCAUGCUGUCGGAUAUAUGCAUCAACUCUGGGGCCGAGGUCAGCUUCGAGAAGUUGAACUUCCAUAUCUACGGAUCCGAUGAUGCCGUCAAGGCCGCCAUGAUGAUUAUCAGCAAUAUCCCCUUCGUCAAGAAGUCGCAGUAUACCAUGAGCGUAAAGAUAGAGCUGGCCAACGAGCACAAGGAGUUUGUCAGUGGCAAGAAGAACGGUAAGAUCAACAAAAUCAUGAGCCAUAGCAGUGUCCAGAUUGUAUUCGACGUGUUCAACGAAUACAACUUCUACAUCGUGGUCCGUGGCUCUCAGUACGAGGCCACCAAAAACGGACUGGAUCUGGUGGAGCAGGAAAUGCCUGCUGCCAUCUCCUUCCAUGUUCCCGAUCAGUACCACAAGCGCAUCAUUGGCAUCGGCGGCUCCCAUAUCCAGCGCAUCAUGAAGAAGUACUCCGUCUUCGUCAAGUUCUCCAAUGCCAUGGACCGCGGCGGUUAUGGCAAAGAAGAUGACGACAUCAAGGUUGACAAUGUCAUUUGCCGCACGCCGGCCCGUAACGCCCAGAACCUGGACCUGGUCAAGCAGGAGAUCAUGGAUAUGGUGGAGAAGGCCGAUGCCGAGUUUGUCAGUGAGACUGUCAAUAUCAAUCGCCUGUACCACAGGGAGCUUCUUGCCCGUCUGGACACGAUUGAUGAACUGGAGAAGAAGUACAACUGCAAAAUCACCUUCCCCAGCACCGAGGAGGCCAGUGAUACCGUUCUCAUUUCAGGGCCUGAAUAUCAGGUUCCUUUCGCGGUUGACGAGAUUCUGGGCAUGGUCCCAGAAUCUCACGAAAUUUCGUUUCCUGUCUCCGCGGAGCUAGGCGAGCACAUUCGCUCGCCCGAGUUCAAGAGCGACAUUCUGGACAAGCUGCGAGAUCAGCAUGUCGUUGAAGCCCAUCUGAAAGACCCCCAGACGGAGACUGUCAAUGGAAAAGAGGAGCGGAUCGAGACUUUGCAACUCAGGUAUACAAAGAACAACAUUGGCGGCCUCAGGGACGCGGUGGAGUUUCUGAUCAACCAUUUGGUCAUGCACGGCCUGGACACCAACACUGUACGCGGCACGAUUCCCCGGCCCAAGUCCGACUCGUUCGAAGAAUCCCUGCCCUUCUUUGAGAGCAAGUUACUACAGCACACGGGGCCCCCUGUGGAGAGCACGGAUUCGCCCACGCGGUCCCACUUUGGCGACGACGAGCGUCCCGCUCUUCUGGACAGGCUCCGGAAACCAGGCAGUAUGUCAUCCUUCACCUCCAUCUUCAAUGGACGCAAGAACGGCACUCAAUCCCCUGGGUCGCUUUUCAACUCUUCCGGAUCUCUCUUCAAGCAUGCCUCCAGCAACGCUUCCAAAGCUUCCCUUGUCAGCCUCGAAUCCCAGGGCAGCGGCUAUCGUAACAACCCAUGGAACGAUAGCGGCAUCAACCUGACCGAGGAGGAUCACCACACGGCCGGUUGGCCGAUGGCCCCACCUCGGUUCGAAAACAAGUUUCCUUUCGGUCCAUCACCUUCUGCGUUGCCUGGGGACGCAACCCCUAGAUUUGACCCGCGCGGUUCCGUCGACAGUGGUCGCCCCAGCACUUCCCAUUCUGCAUCUGGAUACCCGGCCCCCAUUGGGCCUCCCCGUUAAAUGAUACCUAUUUCCAUGGGACUUGAUAUCUCGGUUUAUGACACGGCCAAAUACCCCCUCCGGUCCGUUAUGUGCUAUGCAGACGACACAACAAAAGGAAUCAUACCCAUGUGUAACGUUCAAAGUACGUUUGUUGACUUGCAGUGCUUCUUCAUAACUGUACCUCGGCCUUUGGUAGUCUUGUUUGGGUUUGCUUGUUCGCUCUCUUCUGGGAUGCUUUUUCUGCUACGUUCUGGGCGUUCACAUGCGAUGAUUCCCCCGGCGCCAAAAGAAAUAUACCAUUUGUCGCUUUCUGAUGUUUUAAGAGUCUUGACUACAACCGAGUGUGAGUGUACCAGGCAGGGUGGUUCCGUCACAAAGGUUCCCACUUGAUCCGAAACUUUUGAUAGAAACAAGUUGGGAAGUCAAUAGAUGGCAUUCAUACUCUCGAAAGAGGACUGAUCUACAGGUGUGAUAGUCGUGAAGGACAUGAUCAUUAGGGG